AAAAAACACACCUCAAUUGAACUCCCUGAAUAUGUGUGCAUCCUCUAUCUCCUCCGAGGCUCCGACUCCUACGUCGAUGAAUUGCAAAGCGAACUUGAUGAGUUCGUCAAGUUCAAUCAAGAUGUUGACGCACGACGUGAAGAGAGAAGGGAUGUAGAGUAUAACAUAAUAUCUACUUUACCUCAAUUGCUAAUACAAACAAUUGAGCGCCCAACCCAAAGGCGACGCUACUUGCAUAGGGACCGUGACGAUGCUCAUAAUCGUCUAAUGCGUGAUUACUUCAUUGUUACCCCAACAUAUGGACAACGUGAGUUUCGUCGUCGAUUUCGUAUGCGCAAAUGUGUCUUUGAGCGAAUCAUGAAUGCUUUGAGUGAACAUAAUUCGUUCUUUCACCAAAAGUGAGAUGUUGUUGGUCGAAUGGGAUUAUCUGCGCAACAAAAGUGCACUCGUGCCAUAUAGAUAUUGGCGUUUGGAGUUACGACGGAUAUUUUAGAUGAGCAUUUCAAAGUUGCAGAUACAACUGGAAGAGAAUGUCUCCUUCAAUCUGUUGAAGGGGUCACAACCAUAUUUUUGCUCGAGUACCUUUGUAGGCCAAACACCCAAGACGUCACACAGCUUCUUGCGGAGGGUGAAAGUCGUGGAUUCCCAGGCAUGAUGGCUAACAUUGAUUGCAUGCGCUGGGAGUGGAAGAAUUGUCCCCGAGCAUGGAGAGAUAUGUUUCAGGGUAGGAAUAGAAAAGCUACCCUUAUCUUGGAAGAUGUUGCCUCUCGUGGCCUUUGGAUUUGGCAUGCAUUCUUCGGGACACUAGGUUCUUGCAAUGAUAUUAAUGUGUUUGAUAAAUCCCCCAUUUUUUAUGAUGUCCUAAGUGGCCACGCUCCACGUGUUUUGUAUGUCGUGAAUGGUAAUGUUUACGAUAUGAGAUAUUAUCUAGCAGAUGAUAUUUAUCCUAAGUGG